AAAAACAAGCUAUAGUUUCUUCUCAACCCACUUCCUACGAUCGAAUUCAUUUGUGACAUCAUUAACGCUGUUUGUUCAUAGAAGCUUGUCCUUAACCAAUCUCUGCGUGUCGUGCAUUCUUAUUUGAUAGUCGAAGCAAAUAACAGGUAAAAUGUAUGAAAUUGAUCCACUUAUAUAUAUGGACAAACCUUUGACGUCACAAUAAACUUUGUGCGUAACAUUGGCCAUCUUUAUGAACAUAAGCCAAAACGGAAAAAGCUGACCCGUGAGCUUCACAGAAAUCGGCUGUCAUGCAUGGUUGCAUUUAUUUGAUACUCACUAAACUUCUUAUCGCCUUACACCUGCCUCACUCUUUUAGUCUCGUUUUCGGCGUAUAUUUCGACCUUGUAUCGAACAAAAGAAACAUUUCACACACUAGAAUGAUUUAGUUACUUAUUACUUUCCAUAAAGUUUUAUCUAUUCAAAUAAUUUUUACAGGCAACAUGGAGGUUUACCAAUCUCAUACAAUUCGCUAUGGUUUUACAAAUACGUAUUUAACUUUCCUUUUCGGCGGUACGUUUACAGUUGAAGCUAGAAGUGGAUUACACCUGAGAGAAGAGAAGAAACAGGAUCUUCUAUGCAUACCAUACUGCAAUGUUACCAAUGUCACUACUGCAAGUGUGAGUAAAGGGAAGGACAGUACAAUGGCGCUCAGUAUGAUCAUUGGUCUGGUAUUUUGUGUAAUAAUAUUCAUCUGGGGAGCAAGAAUCACGAUUCCACUGAUAGUCAAAUAUCUACGGUACCCACGAAAUAUACAAGAUGUCGAUAUGUUUUCAGAUGCUACAGAAUUACACAUCAUCGAGGAACGACAAUCGUUAGGCAUCAAAGAACCCAAUCAAAUUCCACCGUUGGCUACAGUCGAAAAGGGUGAAACCUAUUUGUUAGCUGCUGCGUAACUGUUAACUUUGGGUUUUUUCUACAACUAAUAAGAUGAAAUUUUUGCAGAAAAUCUUGGUAUCGUAAACCGGGGUUUCAAAUACUGUUGGUUCUUGUAUAUACAUAUGCUUUAUCCCAUCUGCACUCUCAAACGUACUUUUAAAUAAAAUUAAAUUUAAAUUCACACGGAAUAUAUGCCCCAGAAUCGAGAGACGGAAAAAAAACAUUUGAAUAUGCUUCUAGUGGUAUUCUAAUCAACUGAUUCUUCUUAUUAUAAUUUAGUCAAAAGCUACGAGCUGCUAGAAUCGUUAGCACGUGGAUAAAAUGCUUAGUGGCAUUUCAUCCGUUUUCACGCUCUGAGUUCAAGUUCAGUCGAGGUCGGCUUUACCUUUUAUCCUGUAUAGGUCGAUGAAAAAGGUGCCAGUUGAACACUGGGGUCAAAGUAAUUGACUAGCUCCUGCUCCACAAAAUUUCGGGCCUUCUGCCUCUAGUAGAAAGGAUUAUUAUAAUUUAUUGAGAUGGGUGAGGGACAGUUUCCAGGAAAUGUUUCGGCCUUCCACACUGGUUAGAUCGAUGCAACUAAUAUCCUGCCCGACACAUUUUCAGUUCAAUAUUUGCAGGGAAAAGAUGUGCGAGGAAGUAACCCGGUGGGGGUGGGGAUUUUGUUCAAAUACUGCAAUAGAGUAAACGCUGUUAAGUCUACCAGAGGACCAAUUGCCUCUGUUAACUGACCCUCAACGCACAUUUUACUACUCCAUGAGAUAAGAAAGUGACCUUGACAAGUUUUGAAAAUCAGAACAGAUAAAUAAAGUAAAUACUGUGAUGUACAUUAAAAAAAAAGUCUACCAGUUCCAUCAAAACUGCAACAUAUGUCUAUGUUUGUAUGUAUAUUAUGGCCAAAAGAAUUCGUUAUUUUACAUAUGUAUUACAAAAGGGUGUUUAGGACGGACGUUUUGUGUAAAUCUUUGGCUUUUUAAAUACCUUUUUACAAUAUCUAGUUUGGUACUCCGCAAACUCUCAAACCACUAUAUUAAUGUACUAAAAUGCAUUUUCUGCUACUCUGCAUCUAUUGCUUUUGAGAGUUUUUCCUCCGCCCAGCUUCUUGCCACGAAAAGAUUAGUAUUGUGUGAGUACUAGACCACAAAAUGUAAUGCAUAAUAUUCAUAAUACACUCUCUCAUACACGAGAGUAAUAUAAGUAUACAGAGAAUUAUAUUAUAUAUAUAAAAACAAUAUAUUUUCGACAAAAUCUAUGAUCUCAGGAAGGAAAGGGAAACUGUAUAUUCAAGCAAUAAAAUAUUUGUCACUAAAACA